AUUUAAAACGAAUUAGCAUUUGAAGUCUGCAUCUCCGCAUAUGUCUUCCUGUGCAUUUUGCUCAACCCUAUGAAGUUUGCGGAAGAACCCAAUAAACAAGGGGGUACGGCUUAGUAGGUGACUACGUGAAUCCAGCAAACAUGACUCGAGAUUACAAACCAGGCGAUCUGAUUUUUGCCAAAAUGAAGGGCUACCCUCACUGGCCAGCCAGGGUUGAUGACGUUCCAGAUGGAGCAGUAAAACCUUCCAAUGUUAAAUUGCCAAUUUUCUUCUUUGGCACUCACGAGACUGCAUUUCUGGGCCCCAAAGACAUCUUCCCCUAUGCAGAAAACAAAGACAAGUAUGGCAAGCCCAACAAAAGGAAGGGUUUUAAUGAAGGCCUUUGGGAAAUUGAAAAUAACCCAAAAGUCGAGCUCUCUGACCAAGAGAUGCAGCCAGUGGGGAGUGUGACCGGCAAGGACCCUGUAUCUGACAGCAGCCAAGAACAAGAACAGCAGGUGGAGGAAGAAGCAAAGGCUGGAGAUAAAAGAAGAAAAUCCACAAGUGCCAAAGUACCUGCUAAACGCGCUCGCUUGGCUACUGCUGGUUCUGAGGGAGAUCAGAAGGAGGCAGAGGGUGCAAACAAGGAUACUGUGAACUUGCCAGUUUCUGGUUAUGACACUGCCAAGAAAGGUGUACCUGAGACACCAGUGAAAGCCAAAAGAGGAAGAAAGAAAAAGAUUUUGGACAUGGAACCAGAAUCUGAAAAGGAUGAAGUAAUUGCCAGCCCUGUAUCAAGCCCACCAGUUGCUGAGGUUGUGACUCCCAAACGACGAGGCAGGAAACCUAAAGUAGAAAAGCUGCUGUCUCCUCCUCUUCCUCCUACCUCUGGGAGUGAGAUGGAUUUGAGUGAACCAGAGAGGAAGAGGAAGCGAGGGUUGGAAGAGAAACCUACAAAGCCACAGAAAUCUGAGGAGGAAGACAAAAAGAAGGAUGGGAGGAAGAGAAAGGAUGAAGAAAAGCCCACAGACACUGGUGAGAAAGAAAGCAAGAAAGAACCAGAGGUCAAACGGAGAAAAAAUGCCAAGGGAGGAUCCUCGUCCGACUCGGAAGAAGACGGAGAGAAAAACAAGAAUGAUAGAUUUGCAGCUGCCAAAAGGCGCAACGUCUUAAAAGCACAGCAAGAUAUGUUGGAGAUAGAAAGGGAUGAAAGGAGACGUAAACUUGAAGAGCAAACGGCUUCAGAGCAAAGCAAAGAGGAUGGAAAGAAGCCAGAAGAAAAGAAAGUGGAAAAGAAAAAAGAUUUAUCAGCGGACUCGAGGCUUCAAAGGUUACAUGGAGAAAUCAAAAUAUCACUGAAGAUAGACAGCCCAGAUGUGAAAAAGUGCAUUGAGGCAUUGGAUGAGCUCGGAACACUCCAGGUUACAACUCAGCAUCUGCAAAAGCACAGCGAACUUAUUGCAACUCUCAAAAAGAUCCGUAGGUUCAAAGCCAGCCAGGAUAUCAUGGACAAAGCCACGAUGCUGUACAACAAGUUUAAAACCAUGUUCCUUGUUGGGGAGGGUGAUUCUGUCAUUACUCAAGUGCUGAACAAGUCCCUUGCAGAGCAAAGGCAGCACGAGGAAGCCAAGAAAGGGGCCAUCAAGAAAGCAGAGCAAGCCAAAGAACUAAGCACAGACACCAAGGGAAUGAGUGGAGAUGCAGAGAAAAAUCCAUCCCAGCAGGACCAGGAUAAAGAAGAGACCACUGGCAAUGCAGAACAGAGCAGUGCUGGAAAAGAACCGACUAAAGAGGAAUCUGAAAAACAGCAGAACGGUGGCGAGUCUUUGCCUGAAAAUUAGACUGAAGGCGGAGGAAACUGUCACCACUCUGUUUAAUAUCGCAGCAACAGAACUUAUGUUUUGUGUGGUGUGUGUUUUGUUUUUUUUGUUUUGUUUCUUGUUUUUUGUUUUUUAAUUAGAUCUUUUCAGACAUUUUGACUUUGUUGUGAUUGUACCCUAUAUUUGACAUUCAAAACUAGGUAGAUAUUUGAAAGUUUUAAACCAAGUCUGUUUUAUAUUAAAAUGUGAUAGUUUUAAAACUGUUACACCUCUGUAGUCCUUUCUCCAAAGCCGUGCAUGUACAGCAAUACAGAUUUUGGUACAUUUGGUUGAAAGACCAUAAAAUGAGUGGCUGUAUUUGUAAACAAAAUAAAGUCCAUACAGGCCAACUGCUGUCACGGUCCAUUUUACAGUAAAUAAACAUUUGAAUUCAGGAAAUAUUCGCUGGUUUUAUUCAUAAUCUGCCUUUUUCAAAAUGUUUGUGAAGUGUUGUCUUUUUUCUAGUGUAUUUAGUAAGUUCUUUGUGACUCUACUCACAAUUUUGAAGAAUCCUCAGUUCAGAGUUGGAUUCAUCUGCUUUCAUUGUUUCCAGGUCAUAAUCCUUUCUGUGAAGCUCUUUGUCAGUGUACCCCUUAUUUGUUGGCAUGUCGAAACCAUAAACUUUAAGGCACACCUAACUUUGAGAACUUAACUUUAAAUCUAGGCCUAUAACUUUUGCUUGGGAUACAAAUACUAGUAUGGUCAAAUGUAGCUGAUUUGUAAGUAAUGUCAUUUUGUUGUUUUUAAACAUUAACUGUAAACCUGGGUUAGUCUUUUUAGUAGGAGCAGCUAAGAGUUCUGUUUCCUUGUUUUUUGUUCUUGUUGGUGUACUUGUACAUAUUUCUUAAAUACUGCUCAUUUACAACUUUACUUUUUUUAGCGUGUUUGUUUGUUUUGUUUUUUUAUAAAUGCACCAAUAAAGCUAUAGUAAACUGCCAAAGUAGUUUUUUCUUUUGCUUAAAAUUUAUUUUCAAAGGUAAUGCUGCUGUUAAAGUUCUCAUUAUUAAAGUUGUAUUAAAUGUUUUGUUCACAUGUUGUAUUUUACCGACACGUUUAUGUAAAUACAAAGUAUUUUUGUGCUUAGAAUUCUUAAUUCUGUUCUGCCACCAUUAAUAAAAAGGUUUGUCUAAUGUUUUAUGUA